AUGAGUGAGAAUCUGAGGAGCAGGAACUCUGGUCCCGCUCUGGUCUCUGCAGAUGACGGGGUGUUUCUGUCGAGUGACGCGGAGCGGCAGGAGUUUGUCAUGAACGAGCAGGGAAUCCUGUAUAAGGGAGUGGAUGAAUACAUCACCAACACCAGCUGGGACUUCGGUCAGUUUGAGGAGGAUAUCCUUGACAUCUGUCUGAAGCUGCUGGAUGUGAACCCCAAGUGUCUUAAAGACGCGGCAGAGGAUUAUUCAGCCCGCUGCAACCCCAUCUACAUCAGCCGAGUGGUCAGCGCCAUGAUCAACUCAGACGAUGAUAAGGGGGUGCUGAUGGGUCAGUGGGACGGGACGUACAUCGGAGGCGUGGUUCCGUCCAACUGGAGCAGCAGCGUGGACAUCCUGAGACACUGGAUCAAAUACGACUGCCAUCCCGUCAAAUUCGGACAGUGCUGGGUGUUUGCAGCGGUCAUGUGCACCGUGCUGAGAUGUCUGGGGAUCCCGAGUCGCGUCAUUACUAAUUAUCAGUCGGCUCAUGACACGGAUCAGAACCUCGUCAUUGAUGAAUACUUCAGUGACUACGGCGUGAGACCCAAACGAAACCUGGACAGUGUUUGGAAUUACCACGUUUGGGUGGAGGGCUGGAUGAGGCGUCCCGAUCUCUCUCAGGACUCGCUCUAUGACGGCUGGCAGGUUCUGGACCCAACGCCGCAGGAGAGGAGCUCAGGUACUUACUGCUGCGGUCCAGCGCCGGUCAAGGCCAUCCUGGAGGGUCACACGGACGUCAAAUAUGACAUACCCUUUGUGUACGGAGAGGUCAAUGCAGACAAGAUCACGUGGCUGGUCAUGGCCAAUGGCUCCAAGAAGAAGAUCCUUUCAGACACGAAGACUGUCGGACAGAAUAUUAGCACCAAAGCUGUGGGCAGCGACAGCAGACAGGACAUCACUGACCAGUACAAGCACCCAGAGGGCUCAGUGAAGGAGAGAGCGGCGUAUGAUGAGGCCGUGAAGCGCGUAACGGGUCUGAAGGAGAGCCAGACGCCGCGUCCGAGCGUCCAGAUGAAGCUGAGUCUGGACGGAGUGCCGCUGAACGGAGCCGAUAUCAGACUCAAGCUGCUUGUGAAGAGCGAGAACAGCAAAGCACAGGAUCUGACGCUGAAGAUGAGCGCUCAGGUCAUGAGAUACACAGGGAACCCGGCAGCCGGCAUCUGGAGUCACACCGCAGACCUACAGCUGCAACCCAACACAGAGCAAACUCUUCCCUUCACACUGCCGUUUACCGCAUACGGACCAAAACUGCUUGACAACAACUGCAUCAAAGUCUCUGUGAUCGCCAUGGAUAAAAGCGACCCGAAGGAAGUUUAUCUGGCGGAGAAAGACGUGGUUCCUCACAGUCCGGCGCUGAAAGUCACAGUGAGUGGGACUCCUCUGCAGGACAGUGAGAUGAGCGCUGAGGUGCUGUUUGAGAAUCCUCUGUCCUCGCCGCUCAAGAACUGCUCCGUCACGCUCACCGGCAGCGGCCUGCUCAAACAAACAGAGCAAUCCAACACCGUGGAGCUCGGCCCGGGUCAGAGAAUCACACUGAAGGUGGCCUUCAAGCCCUACAGAGUCGGACCGAAGAAACUAGUGGCCAACUUCGACAGCUCCACCUUCAGAGACAUUAAAGCCAGUGUGGACGUCAACGUGCGACCCGCCGCGACACGACUGGGAUUCCUCAGCUUCAGCCGAUAGAAGAACCAUCAGAGCUUUUAUUCACACAAACACCAGCCAACACAGGAUUUAGAAUUAUCAUCUCAACAGCUCAUUUGUUCAACUGUGUUUAAUCAGAAUAAAUAAGCAUUUAAAGCAAAAAGUCUCUGUUGAUUUAAUAAAGGAGGUUUUGAGUGAUUACAUGAAUCGUGAGCAUGAACAGAUGUUAAGAAUAAUGUGAAAACAUCACUAAAUAUUAGUGCUGUCAAACGA